GCUUUUCCGCCCCGGCUCUUCUUUUGUUGUCAAGUCCUUUUGAUAAAUGGUGGGGCUGGGAGCUCUGGGAGUCGGUAGCCAGUCUGUGCCCGCGCGGGGGACGGGGGCCGAGCCUGGAGACCCGGUUUCGACCGGCGCGCACCCGGGGCUGAGCUGGGUACGCGCGGGGGUCGGGUCUAGAACCUGCCCUCGGCGUGCUCGCCCUCUCCUCUUGGCCCAUCUCACUCCCCUGCCCCACCUCACUCCCCUUCCCCGAUUCUUUCUCUGUCUCCCACUCCGCAAGGGUUCCGAGAACUUUCUGGGAAUCGACGGGAUUUCUCUGGCUGUCGUUUGCGCUGCAUUUAUUCGAAUAAAUCCAGCUCGCAGGCAUCCUGCAGGAAACGGCUCCCGGCUCGCGUGUACGCCAACACCUCGGCCCAACGCGGGACUCGAGGUGGCUCCUAGUGCCUGGGCGGCUGCUAGUCCGGCAUCCGAGGGAGGCUGGACAAGCGGCGCCCCCAGGUUGAGCGGCCUCUCGCUGCCUGGCAGCCCCCAGCUCUGCUGGUGCUUCGGAAACCCGCCUGGCCAGGUUCGCCCGCGGUGAAAAAUGAAAGCAAAUUCCCCUACAGAGGUAGCCCGAACUUUCCUUGACGAAGGCUCUCUCCUGAGCCUGUAUCUCGGAGAACCCCCAGAGCGCUGCAAGUUAGCAACAGAGAUUCGAUGGCGGCUCUGGAGGGCGCGCGAAGGGUGGGGAGGGGGCGGGGGCGGGGGCUAAGAGGACACUGGGUGACCCAGCCUGGCCCGGGGCGAAACGCAAGAGAAGGCGCCUCACCUUCCUUAUUUCAAUGCAACUCCUCGGCCCUAGACGGUAAAAAUAGUUUCCAAGCUGCCGCGGACGCCCAGGAUGUGUUUUCAGAGAUCAAACUGGGGAGGAGGCGGCUUUGUAAAAGUUGCAGAAAGAUUAGCCCAGAAGCGUCCGCCCGGCGGGGCUCAAGAAAGCUUGGGGACAGCUUCACGUUCCCUGGGGCGGAAUGGCCUAAGAAUUGGCCUGGGUAACCCCCUGCCCAGUUCUCUGUGCUCACUUCGAGCCAGCGCUUAAAUAACUUCCCGCCGCCUGCCCUGCAAACUUCAGGCGCGGCGCCGGCGAGGCCAGGACACAGCAAAGGCUAGCAAAACCCCUCCGCGGCGCGCUCGGCCCCAGCCCUGAGAGGCUGCGCGGGGUGGGAGAACCAGUGUGGUUUCCGCUCCCACUUGGCUGCCCAGACCCUCAAGACCGAUCCCCCCAACUCCUGGGAGCGGGUGCUUCCCUCUGGGAGUCGAGAUCUUGCGGGGCCGGCGAGGGCGCAAAGUGCGCUAGCUAGCCCGCGCGGGGGCGGCCGCGCGUCUCUCCGCGGGGCCUGUCGCCAGGCCGGCCGCGGCGGGUGAGUGAUGAGGGCAGAGAAGGGCGCCCAUAAAUCGCGGGUGUCAGGGCGAAAAACUCUCUUUAUUGUCUGCGUGAUGGAUGGGCCCGGGGACGAGACACCAAAUACUUCGUAUCGCCUUUAAAUGGGAACACAUUUUCCGCGGCCAUAAUUCAUGUUUUUUAAAUAGAAAGUUUGAAAUGUUGCCUAUAUUUCACCAGCCCUGACAUAUUUAUGAAUCGCUCCCUGCAUGCAAAUAUCAUUAUUUAAAGCGCCGGGGAGAGCGCGGGGGAGGGAAGGAGGCGCGGUUCCUGGGGCGUGGGGGUGGUGAACCGGGGAAAUGUCGGUGGAGGGGGGCCAUCUCCCUAAAGGGCAGAGGGUGAGGUGCGGGGAAUAGCCGUUUCCGGAAACCGAGCGUGCCCCGGGCUUCUCUCCCACCGCCGGACCCCGCACGGCCGACCCGGGACGUUUUUCGAGGCUUGGGACCUAAGGCAUGCCCCCGGCCCCUGCUGGGAGACCAGGGGGCGUUUUUCGUCCCUCUCUGAGGCCGUUAUCCAAGCCGAAACCACCUUUUCUAAGAAACAAGUUUAAAAAAAAAAAAAACCACCAAAAAGAAUUUAACAAACACAAAUAAUAAUAACCCAAUAUGUUUCGUGUUCUUUGCCA